AGCCGGCGCCUGGACAGCGUUGCCCGGACAACGGAGCCAUGGCGCUGAGGGGAGCCUGGACUCAAGGCCGAGGGCUGCUGCUGCUGCUGCGGCUUCAGGCUCGGGGCUGCCAGCGCGGGCAGUGGACCCGGGCUUUGGCCACCUCGGCAGGGGCUCGGGGACGGUGCGAAGCCCUGGUGUACCGCAAGCAUGGCGAACCGCUCGACGUUAUCCACCUUGAGAAUGUCAAACUUUCACAGCUUGGUGACUUUGAUAUCCGAAUCCAAAUGUUAGCAGCACCUAUUAAUCCAUCAGACAUUAACAUGAUGCAAGGUACCUAUCCUAUUCUUCCCGAUCUCCCAGCCAUUGGAGGCAAUGAGGGUGUAGGACGGAUUCUGGAGGUUGGCAGUAAGGUGACUAAUAUGAAGCCCGGAGACUGGGUGAUACCAUCAGGUACAGGGCUGGGAACAUGGAGGAUAGAAGCAGUCAGCAAUAUGAAUACUUUUAUUAAGGUUCCAAAAGUCAUCCCUCUCCUAUGUGCAGCCACUUUGAGUGUCAACCCAUGUACCGCAUAUAGAAUGUUGUACGACUUUGAAUCUUUGAAGCCUGGUGAUUCUGUCAUACAGAAUGCUGCCAACAGUGGAGUGGGCCAAGCUACAAUUCAGAUAGCCAAAGCUAUGAGUUUAAAGACCAUUAAUGUUAUUAGAGACAGACCAGACAUACAGGAGUUGUCAGACAGACUGAAGGCAAUGGGAGCUGACUAUGUGAUCACAGAGGAAGCACUCAGAAAACCAGAAAUGAAAGAAUUAUUUAAGGUCGUUCCAAGACCUCGCCUAGCUCUAAAUGGUGUAGGAGGCAAAAGUGCCACGGAGAUGCUGCAGCAUUUAGAGAAAGGAGGGACUAUCGUGACAUAUGGUGGAAUGGCAAAAAAACCUGUUACAGUUCCAGUGAGCACACUUAUCUUCAAAGAUGUUAAAAUCCGUGGGUUCUGGGUGACCCAGUGGAAGCGAGAACAUGGGCAAGAUUUGCUGCAGGAAAUGAUUUCCCAGUUGUGUGGCUUCAUUCAAGAGGGGAAACUGGAGGCACCAAUUUGCACUGAGGUUCAAUUCCAGGACUAUCAAACUGCCCUCAAAGCCACUACCACACCAUAUACAUCCAGCAAGCAGAUUCUAAUCAUGUGAUGCAGGUCUUUUCAGUCUGUAAAUAAUCCGUGUCAAAAUUCAAAGCCUGAAAGAACAGUCGGGAAUAUAAAGACUUUCUACU